ACAUCACGGACGCCUUACUUUCGGUUUGCAGACAGUAAAAUAUUUUAACCACCGAUAAUAAGUAAGGUGGCGAAGCGCCUGAUCUGAAAGUAUGUCACAUAAUGUGUUAAAAAUUGAGAAACUGUAGAAAAGAAAAGAAGAUCAAGGUACAGAAUAAAGUUUGUGCAAAAGGAAAUUACCAUAAGUGGUAUAACUACUGAAGAGGAUAUAUGUGGGACUACAGAGUAUUGUCAUGUGACUGAACAUUUAAAUACUACACUGACUGCUGAGUAAGGUUGGUUUAUGGAGAUAAAUGAGGAAUUUUAUCACUAAAGUACUUUAUUGUUAAAUUAACAUGGGAUGAUACCAUGUAAUGUUGUCCUAGAUUUGUGUCAUUUUUAUCGAUAAUAUAAGUGAUUAUUAUUGAUAUGUUAAGGUAUUUGGGAGUAAUUUCUGUGAAAGGUGUCAGUUGGAAAUUUAGAUAAUAUUUAAAGUACCGAAAGGUUCAGUUGAUUAUAGGACUGUGUAAGCUGAAUGUACAUGUGAAAAUGAAAAUGCCUCAAGAAGACAUAGAACAGAAAUUAGAGAAUACAAGGGAGACUACACCUUUACUAUCAAGUGGUUCACCAGUGGAAAGUGAGACUGCUAUAGGUCACGUGCAGCACGGGGAUGCAGACAGCUUAGAUCAGCAGUUAUCAGGCUCCGAGGAGAAUGUCGGUAAAGAUGUGGAGUACCACCUUAUUACUGCGUCAGGAAGCCACAUUGUUGUUAAAUCUGGAGAAUUUCCCAAAGAUGCCAUUGGCGCUACAACAACAAAUAUGGAAUGUUUGAUGCAUCUACUGAAGGGGAUGAUAGGUACAGGGAUAUUAGCUAUGCCUGUGGCAUAUAGAAAUGGAGGACUGUGGGUCAGUUUGGUUGUGGUGUCUAUAAUUGGAAUCAUCUGUACACAUUGUAUGCAUGUCCUUGUUCUGUCUGGGAAUGAACUUUGUAGAAGGACAGGAAAUUCUCAUUUGGACUAUGCCAGUGUAAUGGAGAAAGCAUUUGAAACGAGAGAUGACUGGCUGAAGAAAUGGAGCAGAGCUGCAAGAAACAUUGUGAAUGGAUUUUUGAUUAUCACUCAGUAUGGAUUUUGUUGUGUAUAUACAGUGUUUGUUGCUCAGAACAUAAAACAAGUUGUUGAACAUUCUGGUGCUGUAUCACUAGAUGCCAAGCUGUACAUUGUCAUGGUUUCAGCUCUUCUCAUUCCCUAUGUGAUGGUGAAAAGUUUAAAAGCUCUUGCACCAUUCUCGGCGUUCGCAAACUUGCUCAACUUUGUUGGACUGAUUAUAAUUAUAGUGAACUUGCUACAGGGACUGCCCAGUACCACAGCUCGAGCCUCGGUUGGAGAAAUUAGAACAAUACCCUUGUUCUUUGGGCAGGCAAUUUUUGCAUUUGAAGGAAUAGGACUGGUUCUUCCACUGCAUAAUAAGAUGGUAGAAAAACCAGCAUUUCUUGGUAAAGCUGGAGUGUUAAAUCUUGGACUCACCAUAACAGUUGCAUUGUACAAUGCUGUUGGUUUCUAUGGUUACCUGAAAUAUGGAGAUGAUACAAAAGGGAGUGUAACUUUGAACCUACCACCUGAUGACUGGUUGUAUCUGUCAGUGAGGUUGAUGUUUGCUGUAUCCCUGUUUAUCUCAUAUGGGCUGCAGUUUUAUGUACCUAUCAACAUCAUAUGGCCUUUUAUAGUAGAUAAAGCAGAAAAGAAAUCAAAACAUGUGCCAAAAUUUGCAGAACAUUUUUUUAGGUUCUGUUUAGUUGUUUUAACAUGUGGUCUAUCAGCACUUAUACCUCAUCUAGAUCUGCUCAUCUCACUGAUUGGAGCAUUUGCAAGCUCUUUUCUAGCACUGAUUCUCCCAGCUCUGAUUGAGCUUGUAACUUUCCAGAGUAGUAAACUUGUUUGUUUCAAAAACUGGUUUAUUAUUGCAGUAGGAUUGGUUGGAUUUGUCACAGGAACUUACUCCUCGCUUGUGGAAAUAGCAAAAACAUUUUAACACUAUAUUAUAACUAGAGAAAUUUGAUGAAACUCAGUGUUGACUCACAUAGGUUGAAAUAUAUUUGUUUUUGGCUAAUUUUAGCUUGACUAAUUGAAAUGGUAGAGCUUUGUUGUCACCUUUUAGUCUGAGCCCGAGUCACAAAAGUUGUUCAUGUAGGCAAGUUUCUCAAAAUCAACUAACUUGUAGCCAAACUUUACAUUUUUGCAGAAUUAUGCCCCCUUUUACCUAAAACAUUUUGAAAAAAGUUUUCAUGUAAGCAUGUUUCCUGGAACUAUCAUAACAAAUGGUUUCAAAGUCUUCUUAAGUCUUAAGCAUGAUUAAAUGACCAUUCUGAGCGAGGAUCCAUAACUUCAACUUCAGAAAUUUUGGUAAAGCUUUUGGAUGUAAGCUAGAAAUAUGUGGAAGAUUUUCAGAUAGUCAAGUGCACUGUAGUUGACCAGUUGUUUAAGUAAAACAGUUACCGGGUAAUUUUGUUUUUGUAUUUUGUUAGAAUGAUAUAUGUUUAGUUCUAAGAAUAGAAAAUGUACAUAUAUUGACAAAAUUUUAAAGGCUUUUGCUAAAAUGUUUUUUUAAACAAAUUUUAUAACAAGCUUAGCUUUAUUGUAUAUCCAUAGGUAUAUUGGUUGUUUUAAUAUUAAUACUUUGUCUGUUUAUGACAAAUGACAAUAAUAUAUAUACUAUAUAUGUAUAACAUGACGUAUAUAAUAAUUCCAUGAAAGAAACUUUAGGUUUAAGUAUUCUCUUUUCUAAGAUGUUUUAUUUUUGUUCCAGUUAACUUUUGGCACUGGUGAGAAAACAGUUAUAUCAAAAGUUGAACAACAAUAUUAGACACGUUGAUAUUUUUAAUCUUAUGUAAUAAAAGAAAAUGUGAUACCUUUUUAAAAUCUGUAGUCUUUUAAUUGUUAUGAAUGGUUUAUUAGCUCAUCUGAUUUUUUGAAAAAAAAUGAUGAGUUAUUGUCAUCACUUGAGCGGUUGUCGGCGUCGGCGUCUGCGUCGGCGUUGCCUGGUUAAGUUUUAUGUUUAGGUCAGCUUUUCUCCUAAACUAUCAAAGCUAUUGCUUUGAAACUUGGAAUACUUGUUCACCAUCAUAAGCUGACCCUGUAUAGCAAGAAACAUAACUCCAUCUUGCUUUUUGCAAGAUUUAUGGCCCCUUUUGUACUUAGAAAAUAUCAGAUUUCUUGGUUAAGUUUUAUGUUUAGGUCAACUUUUCUCCUAAACUAUCAAAGCUUUUGCUUUGAAACUUGGAAUACUUGUUCACCAUCAUAAGCAGACCCUGUACAUCAAGAAACAUAACUCAUCUUGCUUUUUGCAAGAAUUAUUGCCCCUUUUGGACUUAGAAAAUCAGUUUUCUUGGUUAAGUUUUAUGUUUAGGUCAGCUUUUAUCCUAAACUAUCAAAGCUAUUCCUUUAAAACUUGCAACACUUGUUCACCAUCAUAAGCUGACCCUGUACAGCAAGAAACAUAACUCCAUCCUGCUUUUUGCAAGAUUUAUGGCCCCUUUUGGACUUAGAAAAUAUCAGAUUUCUUGGUUAAGUUUUAUGUUUAGGUCAACUUUUUCUCCUAAACUAUCAAAGCUAUUCCUUUAAAACUUGCAACACUUGUUCACCAUCAUAAGCUGACCCUGUACAGCAAGAAACAUAACUCCAUCCUGCUUUUUGCAAGAUUUAUGGCCCCUUUUGGACUUAGAAAAUAUCAGAUUUCUUGGUUAAGUUUUAUGUUUAGGUCAACUUUUUCUCUUAAACUAUCAAAGCUAUUGCUUUAAAACUUGCAACUCUUGUUCACCAUCAUAAGCUGGCCCUGUACAGCAAGCAACAUAACUCCAUCCUGCUUUUUGCAAUAAUUAUUGCCCCUUUGGACUUAGAAAAAUCAUUUUCUUGGUUGAAUAUUAUGUUUAAGUCAACUUUUCUCAUAAACUAUCAAAGCUAUUGCUUUAAAACUUGCAACAGUUUUUCACCAUCAUAAGUGGACACUGUACAUCAAGAAACAUAACUCUAUCCUGCUUUUUGCAAGAGUGAUGGCCCUUUUUAGACUUAGAAAAUCAUGGGUAGGACAAUAUUUCUAUUAUACAAAAAAAAUCAGAUGAGCGUCAGCACCUGCAAGGCGGUGCUCUUGUUUAUAUAUGUGAUAAUAUGUACAUAACGUGCAUCUGAUUUUAUGCAUUUUGGACAGUCCAUCAUUCCAGUACUGUCGUCCAAUCUGUUUUUGUUUGCAGAUAAAGGAAUUUUGAAAUACUUCCCACAGCUUGCAUGGUAUCAUUGCAAAAAUCUGGUUAGUAGCACCAAGAUAAUGUAACAGAUUUGUCUUAUUUUUUGUCCAGACAGCGAAUCUGCAAUUAAUGAUUUCAAAAAGAAUAAAAUUUGUAUAAUAUUUCACAAUAUCUUGACAAUUUCUGCGUGCAAGAUCCAGUACCUGUAGCUCCAAGACUGAAGUCACAUAUUGAGGUUAUAUUUCUUGUUUGUACAGUUUCAUUAAUAAGGAUUCAAUACGUUGCAAAGUGUCUAUAAUGAUAUCUAUAAUGACAUGGUGAUGUGUCACACACUAGAUUCCUAAAGCUCCAAUUCUUCCACACUUUGAGGUUGAUCGCCUUGAUGUCUUAUCCAUACCACAAGACUGUUAUCAUCAAGGUGUUUUUAGAAACUAUUUUGAGUAAUUAUUAAUUCACUGCAACAAAAUGAGAGCAUGGAUGAGUUAGUGUCCACACUUAAAGCUGAAUUGUUUCCUAGUUCAAACUUUAUUUUCAGACCAUAAAUUGGCAUCAAACGGUUUUAAAAUACUAAGAAAUCGAUUGUACAUCAUAACACGACAAUGUUUUGUACUGAAUGCAUUGGUUCCCUAUUACAUCAACGUUUGAAGUCUGUAACUUAGAUUCAAACACUUUGUUUCAUAUAUAUACUGAUGACAUUUUGUAGAACUUUGUGAAUCCCGAGUGCACAUUUAUACAAGAACUCGAUACACACUGUACUUAUUUAACGAUUAUGAGAGAAAAUGAAAGUUUGGCAUUUUAAUGUCCAGAUUUAACGAUUGAUGAAUAUGACCCCAGGUUCCUAGCCCCAUGCUCUAUGUCGUGCUCAUUACAUGUUAUUUCAUAAGGGAUUUGGAAUAUUUACUUCCGGUAAACUGACACCACCAUGACAUUUCCUAACCUCCACUCAUGAGGUUAAAAUAGCAAAUGUUUUGUCACAUUCAUGUACUGUAGUUGCUGCAUCCACUCUGUUGUAAAUGAUAGGCUAGAGAUAUACUACAGAAUAUUGUUGUUUCUCGUAGUCUUUGUUCGCCCCAUAUGGUUCUGGGAUGAUCUGGAUAUGAAAAGAAUUGUAACCACUGCCUUACCUUUGCAUGAUCAUAAGAGGCGACUAAUAGUGUCUUAACACUUGGUUUUGCAACCCAAAUAAAUAAAUAAAUUUUGAUGAUUCCUCAAUUGAAUACAAAAUAUUAAACCAAUUCACCAAAGCACUGUAGUUUUUGUUGAAAGAUGUAAAUUAUUGAAAGUUCUAGUUUUCUUUGCACAUACCAUUAUUUCUCAUUUAUCAGCAGACAUUGUGAAAAUCAACAUGUUCCACAUGACCUUGGCAUUUUGCUUUAAGAUAAAGGUUCCACUUUGUAACCUCCAUUUUUCUUGAGAUUUUCAUACUUCAGGGCUAUUUGACUCUUCACAAACAUAUUCUUUAUUGUUAAUGUUGUUUUUGCAUUUUUUCUUGUGGACAUUGACUUAUUAAACUGGUAAUGGUUAAGGCUUUUUGUAUUUCAUUCAUGUUGCAUUUGUAGUUAUAAUAAAUACCAAUUAUUUUAUACAUGUGAAUAAAGUGACUAUUUACUUGAACGUUCCAGUAGAAUCUCAAUUCAGCCUUGUUACAGGAAAAUGUUUGCCUUAGAUGUUAAUUUGCAUUUUAUAAUUAUAUGUUAAAAACAUUGGUUUGUUUUUAGCUCACCUGUCACAAAGUGACAAGGUGAGCUUUUGUGAUCGCGUGGCAUCCGUGCGUAAACUUUUUCUUGUGACCACUCUAGAGGUCACAUUUUUCAUGGGAUCUUUAUGAAAAUUGGUUAGAAUGUUUAUCUUGAUGAUAUCUAGGUCAAGUUCGAAACUGGGUCACAUGCGGUCAAAAACUAGGUCAGUAGGUCUAAAAAUAGAAAAACCUUGUGACCUCUCUAGAGGCCAUAUUUUACAUGAGAUCUUCAUGAAAAUUGGUCAGAAUGUUCACCUUGAUGAUAUCUAGAUCAAGUUCGAAACUGGGUCACGUGGGGUCAAAAACUAGGUCAGUAGGUCAAAAAAUAGAAAAACCUUGUGACCUCUCUAGAGGCCAUAUUUCUCAAUGAAUCUUCAUGAAAAUUGGUCAGAAUGUUCACCUUGAUAUUUCGAAACUUGCUCACGUCGGGUCAAAAACUAGGUCAGUAGGUCAAAAAAUAGAAAAACCUUGUGACCUCUCUAGAGGCCAUAUUUUUCAGUGGAUCUUCAUGAAAAUUGGUCAGAAUGUUCAUCUCGAUGAUAUCUAGGUCAAGUUCGAAACUUGGUCACAUACAUUCAAAAACUAGGUCAGUAGGUCUAAAAAUAGAAAAACCUUGUGACCUCUCUAGAGGCCAUAUUUUUUAUGAGAUCUUCAUGAAAAUUAGUCAGAACUUUCACCUUGAUGAUAUCUAGGUCAAGUUCGAAACUGGGUCACGUGGGGUCAAAAACUAGGUCAGUAGGUCUAAAAAUAGGAAAACCUUGUGACCUCUCUAGAGGCCAUAUUUCUCAAUGGAUCUUCAUGAAAAUUGGUCAGAAUGUUCAGCUUGAUGAUAUCUAGGUCAAGUAUGAAACUGGGUCACGUGCGGUCAAAAACUAGGUCAGUAGGUCGAAAAAUAGAAAAACCUUGUGACCUCUCUAGAGGGCAUAUUUUUCAUGAGAUCUUCAUGAAAGUUGGUGAGAAUGUUCAGCUUGAUGAUAUCUAGGUCAAGUUCAAAAGUGGGUCACGUGCCUUCAAAAACUAGCUCAUUAGGUCAAAUAAUAGAAAAACCUUGUGACCUCUAGAGGUCAUAUUUUGCAAUGGAUCUUCAUGAAAAUUGGUCAGAAUUUUUUAUCUUGAUGAUAUCUGGGUCACAUGUGCUCAAAAACUAGGUCACUGUGUCAAAUAAUAGAAAUAACGACGUCAUACUCGGUUCACCACUGGGUCAUGUGGGGAUAGGUGAACGAUUCAGGACCAUCAUGGUCCUCUUGUCUUAUUGUAUAUCUCUAUAUUGGAGAUAUAUUGAUUAUGUCUUUCUGAACAUGUUAGCUCAUCUGUCUGUUCGUCUGUCGCAAUAGUUUGACCCAACUGCUCCUCUGAAACUUCUGAUUCAGAACUUUCGUAUUCUUAUUAUGUCUGGUAUUUUAGGAUAAAAAUUCCUGUAUAUGAGUGAUUAAAAAUUACUAGGGGAUG